AUGAAUUCUGAGCUAUCCUGGGCAGAUCAAUGGGAUUAUAACACCCCCGACCCUCCGCCGCAGUCAUCAUCAAACAAUGAUGACAAAAAGGGGAAGGAUGGCAACAAGAAGAGUUUUGGCAAGAAAGUGUUGAGCUUGGCCUGGAUGAAAGAUCUUCGUAUACUUGACCAGAAAUGCACCUAUCCCAACUUGAAGUCUGACAGCUGCACGUCACCAGACUCAGAGGGAAAAACAAGAUAG